ACUACCACCAAAAUGAUUCCAUCUAAAUAGGCACUGCUAGACCUUAGAGACAACCUCUCUGGGCCUCUCUUGUCUCCUCUCAACACACCUCCAACUUCCAAACAGCAUCAAUUCCACUGUUUACCCAUUUCAGUGACAGAAUUGCACCAAAACACUGCGUUUUACAAAGCAAUUUUGAAAGGGUAUUUCAGUAAAUUCAAAUGCUAGAGUCCAAUUCUGUAUCAACUGCAAUGUAAAUAUGAGCAUAGAUCUGCAGAAAAACACCCUCUCGCUUUCUCUCUCCUUGUUGUCUUCGUGAUAUUAUAAGAUCGUUACUUAGAUUCUGAACUCACUGAAGCUAACGUUCUCUUCGCCGGAAUAUUCGUCCCUGGUUCACCGGAAAUGGGUUUUGUCAACAACCACUGAGACCGAAAAUGGGUGACGGAGAGUUCGCCGGAGAAUCCCAAACCUCGGGGUCACCCGCCGGAGUUUCCGCUCUCCGGCGAGCGGUGGAGCUCAUCUGUGCCGUGCUCUCUCUCUCGCACUCGAUCAGGGUCUUCGCCGGAAAGUGGCAACUCAUUCGGAACAAGCUGGAAGAGCUUCACGCGGGUCUAAUCGCCGGCGAGAACUGCGAUUCCGGCGAGAACACAUCACUUUCCCGGUUGGUUCCUUCUAUAGUGGCUACCGCAACGGAGUGUCACGAUCUGGGUCGGCGCUGCGUCGAUGUGUCUUACAGUGGGAAGCUUCUGAUGCAGAGCGAUUUGGAUGUGGCGUUCGCGAAGCUCGAUGGGCAUGCGAAGAAGCUCUCAGAGUUAUACAAGACGGGUAUUUUGACAAACGGGUAUGCUUUGGUUGUGUCAAAACCGAGUCUUGGAGCUUCCAGAGAGGACAUGAGGUUCUACGUGAGGGACUUGUUGACGAGGAUGAAGAUUGGGGAUUUGGGUAUGAAGAGACAGGCCUUGAGGAACCUUCUGGAUGUUGUGUUGGAGGACGAGAAGUACGUGAAGGUGAUUGUUGACGUGGGUGAUGUUGUUCAUUUGUUGGUUGGUUUUUUGGGUUCUGCUGAGGUGGAGAUUCAAGAAGAGAGUGCUAAAGUGGUUUCUGUUGUGGCGGGGUUUGAUUCCUAUAAAGGGGUUUUGGUUGGUGCUGGGGUUAUUGCUCCGUUGGUUAAGGUUUUGGAUUGUGGGAGUGAGUUGGGGAAGGUUGCGGCUGCAAGGUGUUUGGUGAAGUUGACUGAGAAUUCGGACAAUGCUUGGAGUGUUUCGGCUCAUGGGGGUGUCACUGUGCUGUUGAAGAUUUGUGGUGGUGUGGAUUGUGUAGCUGAUUUGGUUGGGCCUGCUUGUGGGGUGUUAAGGAAUCUUGUUGGUGUUGAGGAAAUUAAGAGGUUUAUGGUUGAGGAGGGUGCUGUGUCCAUUUUUAUCAAGCUUGUGAGGUCCAAGGAAGAAGCAAUUCAGGUCAAUUCGAUAGGGUUCCUUCAGAGUAUUGCCUCUGGAGAUGAGUUGGUCAGGCAGAUGGUGGUUCGAGAAGGAGGAAUCCGAGCUUUGUUACGUGUUUUGGAUCCUAAGUGGUCUUAUUCUUCUAAAACAAGGGAGAUAGCAAUGAGGGCUGUUGAGAAUUUGUGUUUUUCAUCCUCUAGUUCCGUGAGUGUUUUGAUGAGUUAUGGCUUUGUGGAUCAGUUGCUAUAUUAUGUUCGAAAUGGGGAGGUUUCAAUCCAAGAGUUGGCUCUCAAAGUGGCGUUUAGAUUGUGCGGAACAUCAGAGGAGGCUAAGAAAGCGAUGGGUGAUGCGGGUUUUAUGCCAGAGUUUGUUAAGUUUCUUAAUGCAAAAUCAUUUGAAGUUCGUGAAAUGGCAGCUGAGGCACUCUCCGGCAUGGUUAUGUUGCCUAGGAAUAGAAAGAGAUUUGUGCAGGACGACCAUAAUAUAGCCCUUCUUCUGCAAUUACUUGAUCCGGAGGAGGGGAAUUCAGGUAAUAAAAAGUUCUUGAUCUCUAUCUUAAUGUCAUUAACAAGUUGCAACAGUGGGAGGAAAAAGAUUGUUAGUUCUGGAUAUGCCAAAAACAUAGAAAAACUUGCAGAGGCUGAAGUUUCUCCUGAUGCCAAGAAACUUGUCAAGAAGCUAUCCACAAACCGGUUCCGCAGUAUGUUGAGUGGAAUCUGGCACUCAUGAAUGUGUAGUGAUACCAUAAAAGCUUGUUGUAGAUUUUCUUGAGGAUACUCUGCCGUUGCUGUUAGGCCUUCAGCUAUGGCGGAUUGUACCAAAGAAGUAAAGAAUUAUAUUAUAUUAUAUCAAAAGAAGAAGAAUGUAAUUACUAGUUUCAUACAGUUAUUCACCUACCUACCUCAAUUUUUGUUUGGAAGUGCUUGAAAAAUAUUGUUAGUGUAUGCAUCUGUGAAUCCGUGUGUGGUACCACAUGGAGAUGACAUCAAUCCUUGGCAAGCAUGUGAGUAGUGUCAAUUGUACUUUUCUCUAUCCAGCAUUAUACAUAAAGAAGAUAGCGAUAGAUGAAGUUUCCAUCUGUAUUGCUUUGUCUCUUAGCAAGCACUGUCUUUUGGCUAUAGCUACUUCCUAGGUGUUAAUGAAGGAUAUACACAUGCCAAGUG